AAAUAUUACAAAAUACUUAAAAAAAACAGAAAGAAAAGAGAGAGAAUGGAAGGGAGUGUCAACUGUCACCCAUUGCUGAGAGGAGGUAGAAGAGAGAAAGAUUACAGCCAUGGCUUAUCCUCUUCUCAGAUGCAUGUCAUGGCUUCUAUAUGUCACACCCUCUUUCCUUUGCCAUUGGAGGAAACUUCUCAUGUCCCUUUCCCACAUGAGGCUGCAGAGCUUUUGCGCAAGAGGGUUGUGCCAGAAGCCUUGUCCCUCGUGAGUUGGGUUCUCUGGAUACUGUCCUUCAGAUUGGGGACACUGUUUCUCUGUGGAAGACUUUGCUUGAACUGGAAGUGGCCUUUCAUCCACAACUUCUCUGAGAUCUCCUUGGAUAAGAGAGAAGAGAUUCUCAGGAACUGGUCCAGGGAGAAGCGCUGGGUGCCCCUUCGGAUAGUCUUUUUGCUCAUCAAACUUGCUUUCUUCUACACUUUCUUCUCAAGGGCUGAUGAAAAUGGACAUAAUCCCGCAUGGGAAGCAAUUGGAUACCAGGUGGACACCAAGGAAAAGUUGAUACAGAAGGAGAGGCCUCUGCAAAGGGGAUUAAUAGAGACUAUAUAUGAAACUGAUAAUACUUUGAUGCAAUCCCUCGCUGAAAAAGGCCUUGAAGUUACUGAAGAUAAACUGCAGAAUCUAUACAAGGUCAAAUGUGAUGUUGUCAUUGUCGGGUCUGGUUGUGGUGGUGGAGUUGCAGCUGCAGUUCUUGCAAACUCUGGUCAGAAAGUAAUCGUCCUAGAGAAAGGAGAGUACUUUGUUUCCCAUGAUUAUUCUUCCCUGGAAGGACCAUCCAUGAACGAGCUAUACGAAUCAGGUGGCAUUCUGCCAAGUCUUGAUGGGAAGAUGAUGGUCCUAGCUGGCUCAACUGUGGGUGGAGGCUCUGCAGUAAACUGGUCUGCAUGCAUCAGAACACCCGAUUCUGUUCUGAGGGAAUGGUCGAGAAAAAAUAAAAUUCCCAUUUUUGCAAGCUCUGAUUAUCAAUCUGCCAUGGACACGGUAUGCAGAAGGAUUGGUGUGACAGAGAAGUGCAACAAACAAGGGUUUCAGAAUCAAAUACUCGUACAAGGAUGUGAAAAAAUGGGCUUGAAAGUAGAGUCAGUGGCUACAAAUUCCUCAGCAGAUCAUUAUUGUGGUUCAUGCUGUUAUGGUUGUAGGACAGGAGAUAAGAAGGACACUGACUCAACUUGGUUGGUUGAAGAUGUAGGAAAUGAUGAAGUGAUCAUCUAAGGAUGUAAAGCUGAGAGAUUCAUACUUGAAGAUGGAAAUGGUGGAAUGAAGAAAAAGAAAUGUUCAGGAGUCAUUGCAGCAGCAACGUGGAGGAGUAAGGUAACAAAGAAACUCCUAAUCGAAUCCAAGGUAACUAUUUCAGCAUGUGGCAGUCUGUCCACUCCUCCUCUAAUGAUUUCCAGUGGACUGAAAAAUCCACACAUUGGAAGGAAUCUCCAUCUCCACCCAGUUCUAUUUGCAUGGGGAUACUUCCCAGAAGACAUGACAAACUUCAGUGGCAAUAACUACGAGGGAGGGAUCAUAACUUCGAUCCACAAGGUAUUUGCAGAAGAUUCCACCCCAAGAUUCAUCAUAGAAACACCUGCGGUAGGACCAGGAUCAUUUUCAGCAUUGGCUCCCUGGCUUUCAGGGCGUGACAUGAAAGACAGGAUGGAAAAGUAUGCAAGAACUGCUAACAUUUUUGCCUUGAUUAGAGACCAUGGUUCAGGAGAAGUGAAAGCUGAAGGGAGAAUAACUUACAGACUUGACCAAGAGGACAAAGAAAACCUUAGAAUUGGACUAAGGAAGGCCUUGAGGAUUUUGGUUGCGGCAGGUGCUGUGGAAGUUGGCACAUUCAGGAGUGAUGGGCAAAGACUGAAAUGUAAGGGGAUGAAGGAGGAAGAUUUAGAGGAGUUUCUUGACACUGUGACAAUAGUUGGGGGUCCAAGGUCCAGGAAUGAACUCUGGACAGUGUUUACAUCUGCACAUCAGAUGACAAGUUGUAGAAUGGGUGCCAGUGAAGAAGAAGGUGCAGUUGAUGAAAAUGGUGAGAGCUGGGAAGCAAAAGGCUUGUAUGUGUGUGAUGGGAGUGUUUUGCCAACUGCAGUUGGUGUCAAUCCCAUGGUAACCAUUCAGUCUACGGCAUACUGUAUUGCCACCAAGAUUGCAGAAUCACUUGCCAAAGCUAAACAAACCAUAAAUAGUUAAAUUUUAAUAUUAUUUCAUUGCAUGCUUUUAGUCAAAUUGUAUUAUCCCCACGCAUGUUUUUAGUUAAGUUGUAUUAUUUCAAUGAAUAA